AUUUCAUGUAAACUGAGCUGGGGGCGAGAAAAAAGCGACCCAGGCAUCAGCAGCCUCCUCCGGGUAGAGGAGGAGACCCAGCCCGGACUUUGACAGCUCCGUGCGGACGUGUCAGCGACCAGUCAACCCAGUGACACAGCCAGCUUACACGGUUCGUUACCGGGGGGAAGAUGCUAAGCUAACUCCCUCAAGCUAACUGUCUAACAAAGAUAAGCUUGAAGCUAACCUUGGCAGCACUGCUAAAACAAAAAGAAAAAAGAAUGACGUUGAACUAGCAACUUGUUAGCUGGCUAGCGGCUGUGUGGUGGCUAGCCAGUGUUAGCAUCCACACUGUGUCACCCUGGCAUCCCUUUGGCUAACAUUACGAGGUGUUAUCAGCUGUAGCCUGUUGUUCUAACACGGAUAGCGGUCAGCUGGAGGCGUGUGUGUGUGAUGGACGCAAGAAGACAGCAUCAACUACAGGACAUCCACGGUGGAGACAUGGGACAUGGAGUUGGACUCUCCACCGGUAUGAACAUCACUGGGGCCGAGCAGGAGGACACCUGUGCCCGCUGGACUGCUUGAUUUUCUGUGGGCGUUGGACAAAGGACCGGAGCUUCAGUGUCCACCUUCACCCGAGGCUAGAACACAUGAUGGGGACAAGAAGGACACUUCUCAGGGUCCACGCUGCUGACACUGGGAUGAUGAUGAUGAUGAUGAUGAUCAAGACCCUGCUGAUCACCAGUCUUCUGGGCUGGGUACAAUGUCAGGAGAGCCACAGCAUGACACCAGAGGAGAAGACCGUUAUCAGGGACCAAAUUGUUGAAAUGUUCGAUCAUGCUUACGGGAGUUACAUGAAAUAUGCCUAUCCAGCAGAUGAACUGAUGCCUCUGAGCUGCAGGGGGAGAGUCCGGGGCCAGGAACCCAACAGAGGGGACAUCGAUGACUCCUUGGGAAAGUUUUCUCUCACAUUGAUUGACACUCUUGAUACCCUGGUGGUCUUAAACAAGCUUGAUGAGUUUGAGGACGCAGUGAAGAAGACUGUGAGUGAAGUACGCCUGGACAACGAUGUGGUGGUGUCUGUGUUUGAGACCAACAUCAGGGUUUUGGGAGGGCUCCUGGGGGGCCAUGUAAUGGCGGACCUGCUCCGUCAGCGUGGUGACAGGAUGCAGUGGUAUCAAGAUGAGCUCCUGCACAUGGCCAAAGAGCUGGGCCAUCGAUUACUGCCUGCCUUCAACACCACAAGUGGCCUUCCCUACCCUAAGGUGAAUCUGAGGUAUGGUGUCCAGAACCCACUGUCACGCACAGGCACUGAAUCGGACACCUGCACAGCCUGUGCAGGAACAAUGAUCCUGGAGUUUGCUGCCCUCAGCAGAUUGUCAGGAGAGACUGUGUUUGAGGAACAUGCCAGGAAGGCUAUGGAUGUCCUGUGGGAGAGGAGACAGAGAGGAAGCGACUUGGUUGGGACUGUCAUCAACAUCCAUAACGGAGAAUGGGUCCGAAGGGAGAGUGGAGUUGGUGCUGGUAUCGACUCGUACUAUGAAUAUCUGAUGAAGGCCUAUAUUCUUCUCGGUGAUAAUGUUUUUCUGCAGAGGUUCAACGUUCACUACAGUGCAAUUAUGAAGUACAUCAGUCAGCCUCCCCUGCUGCUCAAUGUGCACAUGCACAACCCCACUGUGAGCGUGCGCAGCUGGAUGGACUCCCUCCUGGCAUUCUUCCCCGGCUUACAGGUUUUAAGAGGAGAUCUGAAACCUGCCAUUGAGACUCAUGAGAUGCUUUACCAAGUCACCAAACAGCACAAGUUUCUUCCAGAGGCUUUCACUACGGAGUUCAGAGUUCAUUGGGGCCAACACCUACUGAGACCAGAGUUUGCAGAAAGCACCUACUACCUCUAUAAGGCCACUGGUGACCCCUAUUACCUCAGGGUGGGUCAGUCCAUUGUGGAAAAGCUCAACGCCUACACCAGGGUGCCUUGUGGGUUCGCUGCUGUUCAAGAUGUCCGCACUGGGGCACAUGAAGACAGGAUGGACUCCUUCUUCCUGGCAGAGAUGUUUAAAUACCUCUACUUAAUGUUUUCCGAGAAGAGCCAAUUGCCAAUCGACAUUGAUGACUACAUCUUCACCACAGAGGCUCACCUCCUCCCUGUCUCUCUCUCUAUCACCCAGCCGCCCUGUAAAGGAAACAUUACGGAGACUGUUCCUAUUUCUCAAGAAGAAGAUCUGUUCACACACUCCUGCCCCAGCACAGAAACGUUGUUUCCCAAUAACCCUUCAUUUGCCAAAACCAUCCGGGACGGCUUCAAAUAUCUCACUGGGGUGGGACGAGUCUUCCGACCUUUACCUGUCAGGGAAAUUGAACUGCCUCUCCAUGAUAACGGCAUGGAGCCGGUGGAGUUUUUGAGAAGCAUGGGCAUCUCUCUCACUCCACUGCACGAGGUCACAGCAGGGGACGCUGGGAGUCGGAAGCGGCAUAAAGGAGUAUACAGGGUGAAACUUGUGGCAGAGUUGAGCCAGACAUUGGAUGAGGAAGAGGUGGUGCCUCAUAUUGUUCAGCUCAUAUCUCCCCCGUUUCUGGGCCGGACCGUCCUCACAGCCGGACCUGCGAAGUUUGGAAAGGACCUCUCCAAACAGGAGCAUGGGGUGAAAGGCAGACUUGUGAAAGUUUCCCCCUACACUGCCUGUGGGCCAAUAGAAAAUGCAGGUGAACUUGAAGGCCACAUUGCUCUGGCGCUGCGCGGCGACUGCAUGUUUGCUGCAAAGGCUCGUUGGCUACAGGAGGCCGGAGCCAUAGCAGUCAUCUUUGUAGACCACCGUGAAGGAAGUAACAGCGAUGAGACUCCCCUCUUCCAGAUGGUUGGAGAUGGAGACUCCACUGAAGACAUUAACCUGGCUUUGGUCUUCCUGUUUAGCCGUGAGGGCGCAGUGCUCACUGAUGCUCUGGAGGAACAUCGCAAUGUGGAUGUGCUGCUGCUGCCCAAGGAGAGGCAGAUGGGACACGAUAAGGUAGACAAACCUUUUGGCAUGAACAUCAAACUCCGCCUCUCAGAGGAGGGGGAGCUGGAGGACGGGGAAGCCAGAGGACCCACGCUGGAGUUUAUCUUGGAUAAAGAAGAGUUGCUUCUCCAAGAGGAAGAUGAGCUCAGAGGAGAACAACCUUCACAGCAGCAGCAGCAGUUCUGCUCGAAGGCGACAGAGAAUGACAGGACUGAGCCAUGUUCAGCAGAUUCCUCUCGACCUACAAACUCUGGACCAGACAUAAAUCCCUGAUCAUGAAGCAGCCAAGUUUCCGAACACUGAUCCUUGUCAGUUUCCGAGUGGCAUGUGCCUCGGAGCCCCUCACUGCCCCACAUGGAGCCCUAACUGACCCAGCCUGCAUGUUUACAGCCAAGCAGUGUGAAGGCCACACUCGUAUCCUGCCUUGACUUUGAAACAUGGUUCUGUAUUUAUUAGGCGGUCGGUCAGUUGUAGCUUUUAUUCCGUGUGGUGCAGGCGAUUAAACUUAAGUAGUUUAAAGACAUAGAAGGUGCACACAGUGAUUAUGACAUAGAUCAUUAACAACAAUUAAAACUUACCUCACCUUAGAGGAGAAGAACAUAGAUAAGGCAACAAAAAACGCCAUGUUUUUAUGCAAUGCAGUUUGUUUUUGAUCUAGAUUGCACCUUUCACAUGAAAAAGUACUGUUAAAUAUUCUGUGACGAUGAAUUAUUUGGCCAGUAGGUGGUGUUAGCGGCUUUUACCUCGCAGUAAUAUAAUGUUGGCAGAUGAAGGAAAAGAACUGGGGCCAAGUUGGAGAGUUUAUUUUACUUUUUAAUAGUAAACGACUUCAGGGAAUUUUGUGUGUGUGUGUUUUGCUAUAGUGUGCGUGCAAGAUGUGUAACAACUGUAAUACCUGAGAAAGCAUCUCUCCUAAAACAACGCGAUCAUUCAAAACCCUCUCAAACCUUUACAUAGUUAUCAUCCAGUGAAUUCUUCAUGAAUCUUUUUUUAAGUCGUAAUUAAUCAUCCCAUCAUAAAAACAUCGUAAAAUGACCAAAGCUGAUUUUCUUGAAAAGAAUGAAGUGUGCAGUUGCUCUGCUUCGCUCCAGAUGCAGUAACACAGGUUGGUCUGCGGUCUCUGACUGCUUUGCACUUUGAAACACGGGUAUGAUCAUCUGUGUUAGAUCCAAACAGAAAUGACCAUUCAGCCUGUCUUUGCAUUUGUUUGUGUGAUUGUGUGUGUGAACUUGUACUUAUAUAUUUGUGAGGACCAUUUCGAGCAUAGACCUUGAGUGAGGACACUUUCGGUCCUCACUUUUUCAAAGGCUUGUUUGAGGGUUAAAAGACUUGGUUUUAAUGUUCAAAAAUUUGUAGUGAUGGUUAAGGGACUGGCAAAUGCAUCAUGCCAAUCAGUGUCCUCACUAAGAUAUAAGUAGAAGAAUGCGUGUGUGUGUGUUGCCUUAGCGAUGUCCGUAAGGAAUGCUGGAGUACAGCAAGUAUUGCAUCACAAGAAAUGCAAACUGUAAAGAUCAAUUGUUGUAAUGUACAUUGUUUCAAAACCAUGACUAACACAACUGUACUCCACUAAUCUCUUGGAAGGAUAAUUAUCUAGUUUUUGUUUUCAAGAUUUAAUUUAAGAUUUAAAGUUGUUUUUUUUAAAUGAGAAAUAUAUUAGUCUUUCCCUCAUUCACACUCUACACUAAUGUCAUUGUUUUUGGGGGCAUUAUUAAGUAUAAUGAUUUCAUGCAACAGUUGAGAACGAUGCAUCACGCUUUAAUUACUUUGUUCAUAUUCAAUCGCUUUUUUCUCACUAAUAAUUUGUCGCACGUGUUUUGGGGUUAUUGUGGUACACGAGAUGUGAGCUGUAGUUUGUGUGGGAGAAGCAGUGUGUGUUUUCUGUCAUGUUUUGUACAGUCGUCUUUUUCCGGAUGCUGCUGAGUUUAUUUCUAGUUUUAAUCCAACAUGACUUUUUAUUUUUGUGUUGAGCCUGUAUGAGGCACUGCCCAACCCAUAUACCUCAGGACUGUGUGUAACUUAUCAUAGGAAAAAGGAUCAUGGACAGGGAGGGGGGGUCUUUUUUGUAUAUUAUUACAUUUCAGGCUAUUUAAUUUUAAUUCUGUAUUCUUUGGUUUCUGUUGAUCAGUGGCUGAGGGUGAAUAAGUGCCAAAAGAGAUGCAUGACAAGGCUCCGGUUUCCUUUUCCAUAUCCUCUGUCUGUUCAGUUUCUGACUGUGAGCUCAGGCGGUGCCGUCAAUAAACUCAAAAAUCACAGUUUCAA